CUUUCUCUUCACUCUUCUUAUUAUGAAAACUUUAUCCGUGCAAGCAAACAAGGUCACACCAAGUUCGUUGGUUUUUGAUGACCAUUUUUUUAAACGCUUAUAUACAAACUCAAACCUACCUCGCAUUAUCCUGCAUAGGCCUAUUCAACAAAGAAUUGCAUAUGACACAUGGUAUCGAAUUGACCUAAGGCUCGUAACUGAAAUGGGGCUCACUAUCAAUUCGCAUGACGUACCCAUCACCUUGAGUUGUCAUAUGCUCAUGAACUGUUCUGGUUACUAUAAACACGUUACAAUCCUGAAAUCUCGGGCUAUUUCCUCUGAGAAUGCAUGGGAGCCAGAGGUUGCCAAGUCGGAAGGGUUUAAAGCCCAGCAUAGUAUUGGAGGACUAGAGUACCGACUGACCACAUCUCAACAUAUACCAGAGGAUCAACCUUUCUUUAUUACACUUCAAGUCACAGGUCAGGAAUCAAAUAUUCUGCCGCUAUGUGUGGGUCCCGUCUGGGUUAGUAAUGAAAAACAGGAAAUACUCGAAAAGAACGGCGACAGUUGGGCACAUGAACAUAUUCAACAAGAACAACAACAAUGUCGACCUUUAAAAGCCGGACAAGAUCAGUAUUUCUUGGUAAAGGAGCAGUGGGAUGACGGUGUACCAGGCAAGAUAUGGGAUUCAGCACUAGUCCUUGCUGAUCUCUUGAUCAAGAAUUAUAGCCUAUUGGUGGGUAAACGAAUACUCGACCUCAGUGCUGGUACGGGUUACAUCGGGUUAGUGAUUGCUCAGUUAUUCCAGUCACUUCCACAUGAAGAAACGCAAAAGGGUUGUCCUCAUAUAACAUUAAGUGACGUUCAUCAAGCCUUGGACUUAAUCAAGGCUAAUCAAAGGCUCAAUAACAUUCAUGACUCAGAAUACUUGAAGAUCGAACCACUUCAUUGGGGAAAUAAGAGCGACAUUAAAAAGAUAUGUAGUAAGCAGCCUAGAAAUGAAUUUGAUAUCAUUAUUGCCUCAGAUAUUAUUUAUAGAAAAGAUGACUUUGUUAAUAUAUUGUCAACAUUUCGACAGCUCUGUUCUCCCAGCACAAUCAUCUUUAUGGGCUACAAACCAAGAGGUUUGAAGCAAAAUGAAGAAAAGGAAUUCUUUAAUACAUGUGACAAAUACUUUGAUGUUCAACUAAUAGAUUACACCAAACAAGACAUGGACGCCACCAUAUAUCAUAGAAUGGGAGUCAGACUGUACAGGCUACAGCUAAAGACUCACUUGCUAGGUUUUAAAGGUAGAAAAUAAACGCAUUUUGGAAUUCAGAUUCAUAUAAGACAGCCUUAACACCAUUCGCAAUCUGAAGGGUUGAAUAAAAGUAUAUUUGUGA